AAAUAAAAAUAAGUAAAGUGCAGAAAGAUAGAUUGGGUGUCAAUGGAGAAUGUACUGGGCCCACAAGACAAGAGUACCUGGAAACUGCUGUGGAUGAGAUGGUCUCGUUAAUAAGUUUGACUUGUGAUGCGAAGAAGUCGGUGUCAAAAUCAGACGGUUACAUGGAAUAUGUUAAUGGUGAGAUGGGCUCAAAUGGGAUGGAUAUUAUUGAUACGAUUAAUGUAUCAUCAGGAGUAGAGUGUUUGGAAAAAAGCUACGGUGAGAUGGGCACGAGUGGAAGCACAUGCCUUGAUGCCAAGACUGUGUUGAAAGAAGAAGAUUGUCUAAGUAUUGAUGUACACAGACAAAAUAUAUGUAAAGAGGAAGAUUGCGUAAGUAUAGAUGUUGAAGAUAAAAGUAAAGAAACUUUAGUCAACAGUUUAAAUCUUCAUCGAGAUGGGGUACAACCAGGAUUUGUUAAUGGUGAAAUGGGCUCAAAUGGGACAUAUAAUGUUGAUGUGGUGAACGUAUUAGAAGGAGUAGAGCAAAUGGAAAAAGGCAAGUGUGAGAUCGGAUUAAGUGGAAGUAUAAGCCUUGAUGCGAAAUCCGUGUCAAAAGAAGAAGAUUACAGAACUAUUGCUGAUGGUGGACAUUGUGAAGGUGGCACUGCAAGUAUUGAUGCGAAUGGGGAAGCAUCAAAAAAGAAAAAGAGUAAGAAAAAAAAGAAGAAACAGAAUGUGGGUAUUAUGUUGAAUCCCCAUGACGGUAUUGACGAUUAUGAAAUGGCCAGGUUUCUUUUUGAAAAUCUGAGCAUGGGAAAUGAGGAAAUCCUUGGCGAUCAGAAUCAUUUGAAAGAUUUCUUCAACAUGCAGCCCAUAAGAACUCAUGUCAGCACAUCAAAGAAAAGGCUUCUCAUUCUUGAUGUAAAUGGUUUACUCGCGGAUAUCAUUGACCCCCCUCCAAAGAAUUGCAAAGCAGAUAUAAAUAUUUUAAGACGCGCAAUAUUCAAGAGACCUUACUUGGAUGGUUUCUUAGAAUUUUGUUUCGAGAGAUUUGACGUUGCAAUUUGGUCUUCAAGAACCAGGAAAAUUUUAAACCGUGUGGUUGAUUAUUUGUUGGGGGAUUUCAAGAAGAGGCUGUUAUUUCUUUGGGACGUAUCACAUUGUACCAAUUCAAGUGCCAGGAGCCUUGAAAAUAAAUAUAAGUGCAUAGUCUUCAAGGAGUUGCGGAAGGUAUGGGAAGAAAGUGAUCCGGUUGAUUCUGAUUAUGUAUAUUAUAAUGAAUCAAACACAUUAUUGUUGGAUGAUUCUCCAUAUAAAGCGCUGCUAAAUCCGAAGCACUCUGGAAUCUUUCCCUCAUCUUACAGCUACAAAGAUAUAAAUGAUAACUCUUUAGGUCCUGAUGGCGAUCUGCGAGUGUAUCUAGAAGGCGUGACUGCUGCUGAGAAUGUAAAAAUGUACGUAGAAGAACACCCAUUUGGUCAACAUGCCAUAGAUGAAACAAACCCGGACUGGUCUUUUUACGCGGAAGCUCUCAAGGAUGUAUCUUAGUAUAUUUCAUCUUUAAGGACCAAAAUUUUAUAGAACUAGCUUUUACCGUUUUGCUUGUCAUCUUUUUUCCUUUGACAUGUUUAACGGAAGCAUAAGAAUACAACAGAUCAGAACACACGUCAAUACUAGAUAAACCUGGCAAGAUAGGACUGACUUAAUGGCUUCCAUCAUCAACCAUAUCAGCUGAUUGGGAGGCGUAACAAUAGAAGUACACAAUCAGGUAAUUUUGAAUCUCACUUUUUCAUAGUUUUCAUGUGAAAGGAAGCACCCUGGACAUAAUACUGUUGUAGUCAAUGACAAUUAUCGCCUUUUUUUAUGCAUGAAACAUGCAUAUAUUCGACCCUUCAGAUUCA